AUGUCUCAUACAUUAGUCAAUUUUUCAACCACAAUCUCCUCUUUUGAAUCAACACCAAUCGAACCAACAUUCAAAGUCAUGAAACUACCACCUCUUGAACCAACUACUAAAGCGCUCAGCAUCUUUUCUGAAAAUGAAAUUAACGAAUGGCAAGACAAAAAGCAUCCUCAGCAUCGACAGCAUCAGCAUCCACAGCAUCAGCAUCCACAGCAUCAGCAUCCACAGCGUCAGCAUCACCACAAAAGGCAACAACGAAAACAAGCAAAAACAUCAGUGUCUAAUUUCAAAAGUAAAGUGUUACCAACAAGAACAAUUUCUCGUGGAUUAUUCAAAGGGUGUAAUGACAUGCGUCGUUUCAACUGCUUUUCCGAAGAAUGCAGCCUUAAUUUUGAUGUAUUUCGAAAUUGUGGGUAUUGUCGACACAUCCCCUAUAUCCCUUCACCAUUAAAAGGUGUUGAAUACAGCUGCAAAUACAAUAACAACUCAAACUAUGCCAGUGACGAUGAAGACAAAGACAAAGACGAAGUUCAAGGACUAUGGGGUGACAUUGACCACAACAACAACGAACGCGAGAAUGAUGAAGAGUAUGAUGCAUUCAAUGAUUAUCUUUGUCAGUGGAAACAACAACAAAACAUCAACAAGAUCAGAGUACCUCAAGAAGUAAGUUUUAUUGCACCACGUGAAAAGUCAAAACAACGUACACUUCCCUCGAGAUCCAUUUCGAAUACAUUAAGUAAAAUGUCAACUCUCAAUGAACGACGCAUCCCACAUGAACAACAUCCAAGUAAAUUAUUCAAUUCUGUUUGCAAGAGUAACAACAAGGAUGAACUGAAUCAUAAAGUAUAUGGAAUGAUUGAUCUUUUGAGAAACUCCGAUUUCCAACUCAAACAGAAAUUCAUUGAUAUGAAGCAUAAUCUGGGUAAAAAAAUGACAAAAGCCCAACGAUCAAUCUCAGCUCCAUCUGAUGACAUCUAUAGUUAA